AUGCGGGUCGGAGUCGUAGCCGGAGCCCGAGUCGGAGUGGGACCCGGAAUAGGAGGCUUAGGCGAAGUCGGGGAAUUAGUCGAAGUCGCACCGGAGUGUGACUCGAAACCUGAGUCGGGAUCGGAAUCGGAAUCCAAGUCUGACUUCAAGGCGAACUCCAAGGCGGAGUCCCAUUCGUGCUCCAAGGCGGAGUCCCAUUCGGACUCAAAUGCGGAGUCAAAUUCGGACUCCACUUCCGACUCCAAGGCGGAGUCCCAUUCGGACUCCCCUUCCGACUCCAAGGCGGAGUCCCAUUCGGACUCCACUUCCGACUCCAAGGCGGACUCCACUUCCGACUCCAAGGCGGAGUCCCAUUCGGACUCCAAGGCGGAGUCCCAUUCGGCCUCCACUUCCGACUCCAAGGCGGACUACGAUUCGGUCUCCAGGCCGGGGUCAAAUUCGGAGCCCGCGUCCAAGUCGUCCAAGUACUCCAAGGAGGGCUCCAACUGGAACUUCAAGUCAGUGGCGGAAUCCGAGUCGGAAUCUAUGUCGAGCUCGUUGGCAGAGUUUGGUUCGGAGUCGAUGUCGGAGGCGGAAUUUGAACCGAAUUUUCAGUAA